AUGUCCAACAAGCCGCUACCCCCCAAACCCAGGAAGGACUCGACGCAGCAAUCACCACCGCCCAAAUACGCACUACCCCAUGCCGUCCCUUGCACCAAAACUCCGAGUCGAUCCAUCAACCUCUCAAAUCUCCCUACAGAAAUCCUCUUCCAAAUAACAUCCCACCUCCGCCCCCCUGCUCCUGCACCACUCCUCCCCUCCCGCUUCGACGGCCCCGAACGCAUCGCCUACGUGCGCUCCGCCUGCCCGCUCGUCGCGCUCGCACUAACCUUCCGGCGCCUGACGCCCAUCGCGCAGGAAGCCCUCUUGCAUACCAUCGUGCUGGGCGGCUUUGAUGGCCUGCCUGCUCUUGUCGCGCUGUUGCGCUUUCUCAUGCUCCGCCCGGAUAUGCGCGUGCAUGUCAAAUGUUUGUACUUCAAGAGUGAGAGGGAUAGGAGGGGGGAGAGGAUUAGUGCGCGGGUAUUUGGGAGUGUGCCGGGGGAAUUGUGGGAUGGGGUUAUGUUCAAGCUCCUGACCCUUUUGACGUUUUGCACGGCAGUCAUCGCGACCUUGGACCCGGCGACGUCCAAUUCGAAAGGCAAAGCUCCGUCUGCUCCAGCAUGUUCACCCGUGAAAGUCAGCAAGGCAAUUCAAGCCGCAGAAUGCAGCCACAACACGCGCACCAAAGCCCAAACUUUUGCCGUGUUCAAGCAGGAUCAUCAGUACGACAAGAACCACGGCGCUCCGUAUGGGACAUGUGAGGCGUACAACUGCGCACCGGGAUCGAAAAUGACAACAAGCACGGAUUCUUGGACGUUCUUCUGGGCGGCUGCAGGCGUGAAGGGAAAUCAGAGUGGCGAAGGUGCAGGGUGCAUCAAAAGUCCCAAGGACGGAACCUGUGGAUGUGAGAACUCUGAUGGAACGUUUGUGUAUGGUGGGAAGGAUUGCAAGUAG